AGUGCAAAAAUUUGAGACUCAGAAAACUAAAUGUUGAACAACUCCAAAAAGUAGAAAAGUAAAUCUAAAAAGUUGUCUAAGUCAAAGGAUUCAUAAGCGAAAUCUAGAUGUGAGAGCGCUAAUUUAAAAUCUGAAUAGGCGGCAUGCUAAUAUGAGUAUUAUAUAUUUUUAUUUGAAAGGCAAAGUACGAUAAAAAAGGUUAAGAAUGAAAAGAACAUAUCCCCCAUUUAAGAGGAAGAAAUUCCUUUUGGUUCUCAAAUUAUAUAAUAAUCUAAUUUGUAGGAUUAUGAUAAAUUAAUUUGUGAAGAAGUUGUUAAAGACUUCACUUCAUUUACUUUCAAUAAUUCAUUAGAACAAUAGAUUAGUUAGGAAGAAGAAUAAGAAACUUUAUCUGAAUUUAUGAGAGAAUAAGUAAAAUACGAAGAAAAUUAUAGUUAUAAAAAAAAUUAUCUCAAUAAUUAAAAUGAAAUUUAAAGUCAUAUGGUAGCAAUAUUAUUUGAUUGGUUAAUUGAAGUUGCUCAUUCAUUUCAUUUUAAAAGAGAAACCUUUUAUUUAUCAAUUAAUUAUGUUGAAAGAUUUUUAUUAAGAUAGCCAAAUGUUCUUAUAUCUAAAUUUCAACUUUUAGGAGUAGCUGCUAUCUUUAUUGCUCAUAAAUGUGAAGAAAUCUAUCCUAAAACAUUAAAAGAUUUUCAUAGGCUGAUACAAGAUUAAUAUACGAUAUAGGAAAUUGAAUAAAUGGAAGUUUCCAUUUUAAAAUCACUAGAUUUUCGUAUGUAUCCAAAUACUCCCAUAUUUUGGUUAAAUUAUUAUACAAAAUUAUGGGAUGAAUUUAUAGUCGAUAAACAAAUAUGCAUUAUGUUUAAAGAAAGAUCAAAUGAAGCAUAUUAUAGAUACAGAGAAUUAGUAUAGUUAUUUGAUCUUUGUUUGAUCGAUUAUCAAUAUAAACAAAAUGAGAAGUUAACUAUUUUAAGUUUAAUUUAUCUAGUGGUUGCCAAAUAAUUAUAAAUAUUUGAUGAUUAUUAAACUAUGGCUAUUUCAUAAUCAGAAAUAUGUGAUUUCUUUCAUUCAGAUUAAUAGGAAUACAAUAAGUUAUUUAAAUAAUUUAUCCUUGAAUCAGAGAUAUAUUUAGAAUUUGAUAAAUAAAUCUUUUUCAGUGAUUUGAAAGAUUGUAUAAGCUAAUUGGUAAAGUAUUUCAUUCUUCGAUUUGAUAACUCCUUACCUAGAGUUUUAUUAAAUAACCAACAAUUUAUAGAUGAAGUAAUAUAUUUAUCUUAUAGAGUAGAUGUAACAUGAAGAAUUACUAUCAUUUUAGACAUACAAUAAAAACACUAUAGAAACUAUCACAAUUAUUUCUAAACAAUAUUCAUGA